AUGGUCGAAAACGAAGCCAUCUACGAUAUGUGCAGGCGCAGCUUGGAUAUUAAGAGGCCGACCUACACGAAUAUGAAUCAUCUGAUAGUGAGUUCCAUUAGAGUACCACUUCGCUUCGACGGCACAAUGGAAAAAGGAGAAGAGAUGGAAAACACGAAAGCCUGUCGCCUACAUCAGUCAAACCCACUAGGACACAGGAAUACACAACCCCAAUAUAUGACAGAUGAUCUUGCACUUAAUUCUAAGGAGGGUGGGGGGCAGGGAGAGGGCACGAUAAUUGAGUUGGAGGCCAGCUGUUGCAUAUGGGAGUACCUAGAACCGCGUGUUAUCAAAGUCCUAGCGGGUAUCUUUCGUCUGAGCUCGAACGCAAACUUCAGUCGUGGAGCUGGCCAAAUCCUAGAUUCCAAUCUGUGCAGUCAGCAAUCGAACUUGACUGGGAGUCGCAUGCAUCUAGGCACACCUGCGAGCAGCUCUGGCCCUGUAGAGACCAUCUGUGGAAGCGAAGCGCAAAGCAAGUUUGCGCGUUGGCGAGGCUCUAAUACGGCCUAUCAUGAAAUGCACGAGAGAGGAUCUUUACACCCCGCCCCUCAAUACGGCCCGAUAUGGCUCCCGGAUAUGCGCUGCGCAAUGGCGGACGGCAACGCUGUGGAAGUGAAGCAUGAAAUGACGCUCUCUAACGAUCUUAUUGGUUGCGUUAUUGGUAGAGGUGGCGCCAAAAUAAAUGAUAUUCGUAGGAUUUCUAAAGCCCACAUUAAAAUAUCGAACGCGGAGGAGUGGACCGACAUCAGACGAAUAACUGUUACCGGGAAUCCGAAUGCAGUUGAUACAGCAGUUCAAAUGAUCGAGAGCAGGAAAUCUGAUACUUACUGCAGUCACGGUAUCGGCCUGCUCGACCAAAUAAGCCCCCAACGGAGAAAGAGGGUGGAAUGCAGUGUCAAAUACAAGUCAGAAUCCAAGGCCAUUGACAGUGCACCAACACGAGGUAGGUGCUUGACUAUCUAA